AUUACACGAGCCAUUGUAGAACAACCGUCAUAUUAUGUAUAGAGCUCGCAAGCUUCAACUGGAAAAAAUGAUCAUAUUCUUUGAUCGUUGAUAUUGUUUUGUUUUUUUCUGAAUUCAUCUAUAUUUUACUAUUGAAAACGGAAAUGGACACAUUGUUUUAAAAACUGUUUAACUAGCAAGUUCUUAAAAGUUUGUACACUUUGCCUAUAGGACAUGAUGGGGACAAUAACAUUUGUAAAAGCAACAUGUCUGUUAUUUUGGGUCACAUACGUCGGCGCUGUUAUCAAUUAUAACCCGGUGCUUAAUGUGCAAGACUCGUGUGGGUUAACUGAUGUUAAACCGAAAGACUGCACAGAGCUGCAAGACGCCAAGAGUCAGUCGGGUAUCUACACAAUAUAUCCCGACCGCUCAAUGCCAAAAGGGUUUAAAGUUAGCUGCGAUAUGGACGUUGACGGUGGCGGGUGGAUGGUGAUCCAGCGCCGUGUCUCGGACACUGACUUCUACAAGACAUGGAACGAAUAUCAAACGGGGUUUGGUGACCUAGCAAACAACUUCUGGCUUGGAAACCAAAGGAUUUCUAUGAUCACUUCACAAGGCUGGUACGAACUUAGAAUUGACCUGAUGGCUACAAAUGGAGACAUGCGCUACGCCCAUUACGAAGUAUUUUCGGUGGGUGAUGCACAGAGCGAGUACACUUUGUUUGUCGACGGCUACACUGGAAAUGCUAAUGAUGGUAUGGCUCACCAUAACGGAAUGAAAUUUUCUACAAAUGAUCGAGAUAACGAUAAUAGUAGCGGAAACUGUGCUCAAUCGUACAAAGGUGGCUGGUGGUACAACAAUUGCCAUGAUUCUAAUCUGAACGGGGACUUUGGAAAUACCGAGCAUGGUCAAGGCAUUAACUGGGAACAUUGGCUCGGGAAUAAAGUUUCGCUUUUGAAAGCCGAUAUGAAAAUUAGGCGUCAAAUUUAAUAUUCACGCAGUUUAAACGCCACAAGAUUACAACAUUUUCCCACUACAUUACACGCAGAAGACAUAUACAUUCUGAUUAAAUUACCACAAUAAUGCGAGGAAUCAGUGAGAAGUGUUUUGUUUUUUCUAUCAUGAGCAUACAUGUUAAACAAUUAAUCCUACUCCAGUGUCACAGUUAAUAUAACAUUUAGAAAUAUACCUGCAAAACGCUUUCGAGUAGUUGGAUAUAGCUUUUAUCUCUUUCUUGUUUUUAUUGUUUUUUGUUUUUGUGUUCUAUGUCUUUGGCGUUUACCCUGUGCCAUUAAACGGGGUUUAUUUUUAAACCUAUGGCGACUGAGCUUGUUUCUGUAGUUUUUCAUAAAUAUAUUGUAACCUUUCAACUGUCUAUUUUAUAUUUUUAUCUUAACGAACAACUGACAUUAUGAACGGUUCUAUGUAUUGUAUCUGAAUGAUUUACAUCGAUUUGAACAUUAUAAUAUCUAAUCUGUCUACAAGAAUGUAAUCACCAUAUAACCUUUUGCCAUAACGUUAGUCUGAACGCUAAUCCUAUUUCGAUACGGAACAUUGUCAAGGCAUAAACUUGGAAUAUUGACUAUGGAUUUUUAUCUCUCUUGUAAGGGCUGAUGUGAAAAUAAAGUGUACAAUUUAAUAUUGACGCAUCUUAAACGCACACCGUUGCAAAGCUAUUUCCCAAAGCAAUGCACACAGAAGGCAAGGUAUUAAUUAAACAAGUGUUUUCGUUUCGUUGUAAGUCAAGACCUUAAAGGAAUUCGUUCAAAAAAAUUUUUUUUUUUAAAUUUUGUUAAAACAAUCGCUUUGCAACAAAAUAGAGCCUUUUAUGCAGCAUUUCAAGAAACACGUAAUGUCAACAAUAAACUUGAUUUUGUUUUAUCAUUGUUACAAGCAUAUUUUUUCAAAUAUCACACGAAAUAAUUGUUUUUCCAUGCCUGAAUUGAUAAAUCGUGAACGAUUCCCUUUUUAAAGACAACUCUCUGGAUUACAAUGGCCAAUCAGUAAGGGAACUACAAACGCUUGCUUUAGAUCAUAUGUUGUGUUUUGUUCAUUUUACUUUGUUUUAACUGUAAGAAUAAAAUAAGCAUAUAAUCUUA